AUGAGCGACAAUAUCGAUAUAAAUGCAAUGGAUAGCACAGCAGUUCCAGUGACAGAUAGCACGACAACUGCGAAGAAUAAGAGAAAACUGGAUGAAACUGAUCAGCCUGCAGAAACAGUAGAAGGAAUUAAGACGAGGCAUAAAAAAGCAGUGAAAGUACCCAAUAUAGCUUUAGAAUUGGCCAAGAAUCGAACGACUUCUGCGCCAGGAUCCAAACCUCUUUCAUCAAUCCCGCUUUCAUCACUUCUUUCGGGUGAUGAUUCUGCACAUGUCUCAACAGCCGAAGCAAAACAGGGCAUAUUCACACCCUCUAAUUCACGAUUAAAAGUAUGUUCUUUGCUGUCCUCGGACCAAAACGCUAAUAGCGAAACACAUCACAGUCCGAAAAUCAUUCUCCCCACACAAACAUCCACACCCAGUACCCCAGGUAUGGAAUCACCGGGGAUGAUGGUCGCUAGGACAAUCUCUCCAGUCUCAUCUUCACCUUUAAGUCAAAAUUCAGGCGCAAAACUCAAUAGAAGCAAUAGCGCACUCAAUCCAACCGGCAGCACAACAGGCUCACACUUGGCAACAAAAACUUCUUCCGUACCUGUGAUGAUUGAUCUGUCGGAACAACCAGCCCAUGCCAAGUCCAAGAUAAAGGGCGCCCCGACAGAAGCUGCCUCUGAGCGGGAUACCGCGAAGAAUACUGAAAACUUGGAUACCUCGAGCGAAGUCCAAGACAUACAGCAGCAAAUUCUAAAAACUGAAGGAGGCAAAACUUCCGCUCCUGUUACUAAGACUCCACAAGAGGCAAUUAAUACAGCUACUAAGAAAGUCGUUAGGCGUAAAAAGGCAAAGCCCAUUGAGUCUAAGACUGAACCGGAACCUACAAAUGUCAUUAUUGAAGAUAUGACGAAGGCAAGCGAGCCCAUAGCAUCUGUUUUGAAUCCAGCACCUAUCGCUCCUACUAAGGAAGCUACCACUGCAAAAAACAGUCCUGAACGAGAAACUGUCGGUCCUGCCAAAAUAACAGACUCUCCAGUUGCCAAAAAAACCACCAAGAAUUCAACGAACAAGAAAACCAGCAAAACAACAGCAACUAAGGCUACAGCCGAAAGUAAAGCCUUGGCCAAAACGAAUGAAAACGGGAAAGAGAAAAAAGCUGCCGGGUCAGCAGGUUCACAAAGUGGAACAAAAGACGAUUCAAAAGCAUCGACAGCAAAGAAAGGUGCCAAACUUGCUGCAACUAAACAAAGUCCUAAGGUUGCACUUCCCGCGAUGGUAGGUAAAGAAACGGGUGAUAAGGAAGAGUUAAAAUCCAUCAGUUCUAAAGUCGACAAUGCACCAGCAAAUGCCAAACAGCCGUCCAAGGCACUCGAAGCGUCAAAAGAUAAAUCUGGCCUCACGGUGCCGAAGGACACUAAAAAAAAGGAGAGCAAAGGCACUGCUAAAGAUGAUACAAAGAAGGAAACAAAAACAAAACGGACGAGCAAUGGGUCGAAAAAGAAGGAAAAUACACCACAACCACCAAAAGGUGUAAGUGAUUCUAAGGAAGUGUCGACUCCAAAAAGGCUACUUUCUGCCCCACCUAUAAAGUCACCGUCGUUAUUGGAAGCUCUGGAUAAGAAUCAAAUAACUGACGAACGUGAAGAGCCCGUCAUCUUAGUGGAUGUGCCGUUAUACCCUGCUGAAUCUAAUGAUUACCUGGAUGAAAAUGGGCAAGUAGUGUUCAACUUUUACAAGUUGGUACAGGACAAAUUUGGACAGCCCACCAAAACUAAAAGGAAUCUCAUAUCUGAAUUUCAAGGCGGAGACGACGACGAUGAGGAUGGCGCGGAAGUUGAAGACGAUGAUGGUAUUGAGGAAGAAGACGAUGAAGAUGUUGAUUUGGAAGAGAAGAACUCAAACCCCAAUGCUACUAAUGCCUCUCCUAAAAAGAAGUCGCACCCAAUGAAAGGGAAGAGUUUGAUAGGAAAGUAUGACACGGAAGAUCCCUUUAUUGAUGAUUCUGAACUACUCUGGGAGGAGCAGCGCGUUGCCACCAAAGAUGGGUUCUUCGUUUACUUUGGUCCGCUAAUAGAACGGGGUCAGUAUGCAAGCUUUGAAAGGGUUAACGGGACGAUGAAGAGAGGCGGAAUUAAGUAUUCAAAGUGA